UCACCUUCGGUAACCUAAGUGGCGCGCAAAGACUCAUGGGUUUUAUUUUGAAAACGCCCUACUCCCGUUGAAUAGUGGAUGAGCUCUGUACAUACAGUCUGUGGGUAGGAGUCGGGAAUGGUUGAGUUUCGCUAGGAAUGUUGACCCUUUCGCUCCGCACGUUGACACUUUUAAACUCGAGCUUUCAGAUAAAGCUUCAAGCCCAUCAACAGCUUUUAGAGUCGCGCAUGCGCACACGCCCUCUGUUUGUUGUCGGAGGCAAGCGCUGCGCGGUACCUGGAGACGAAUCAAUGGAGGCUCGGCGGAAUCUGCCCUUUUCACCUGAUGGCACAUCUAACACACACACGACGUGUUAGUGCUAGGCGACCCUUAGCCCCCGCGACAUCUGCCGGGUCCGGCUUCGAGCCUGGCGGAUAGCUAGCUGCCAACACACCAGCAGGUGCUUGUAGCGCCAAGCUAACCGCAGCAGCACCGUUGACGGCGCCAUGGCGCACUGGAGCACCUUCGACAAGGAGACGGAGAGAGAGACCAAGAGGUUGAUACGAUGCAUGAGCGGCGUCGAGGACGAGGAGGACCAGAACUUCCAGCUGGCACUGAAAUUCGCCUGGUCGAACUUCCGGUUUCAUCGCUACCUGGACGUGAACAGCCACAAAGUCCAACGCAGCAUCAGUGGAAUCUACGAAAAGCUCAUGGUCCACUCCGACUUGAGUAAAGCAGAAAGCUGGAUGAGGCUGACUGAAGACUUCUUGAACUCGCCUUUACCAAAUACAGAUGGAACAAAGACUGAUGUACACUACAGUGUCCUGUCACUGCUGCUCUUCCUGUCGGGGUCACCCUCAAACACAAACUUUAUCGAGAGACCCAGGGUAAAGGAGGCUGAACCAGAGGACACCUUUGACUGGGGCAAAUAUCUGAUGGAGGGCGAAGACAUAGACAUUGGACCGUUUCCAGAUACCCCUGAGUGGUCCGAGGAGGAGAGCGAGGAUGAUGACAAUCAGCAGCCAAUCAGCCGGGAGGACUCUGGGAUCCAGUUGGACAGAACCCCCCAGGAGGACCAGGACAACAGCAACAAAGCAGUUCCAGUCACAUGGACCGUGGGGGAACCUGACGCCCGGGCAUGGCUCGAACAGCACGUAGUGACUCCUUACUGGGUGGCUCACGCUCCUCGGUUUCCUCACAGCUUACAUUUACACUCCAACUUGCUCAAUGUGUGGGAUCAACACUUGUACAACACUGAUCCAUUGUAUCUGCCAGAAGAAAAGGCCUUUGUCACAGAGAGCCAAGUAAUAAGGGAGACACUGUGGCUUCUGUCUGGCGUGAAGAAACACUUUAUAUUCCAACACCACGAUGGAAAAGUGUCUGUCAGGAAUAACGUGGUGGUAACUCAUCUCACCAGUAACUGUCUUCGCUCCGUGCUGGAGCACAUCGCCGUGUACGGGCAGGCGGUGUUCAGGCUGCAGAGGUUCAUCGACGAGGUGACGGGGUACAGCUCGGAGCCGAGCCCACCGAGCUCUGGUUCCUCCUACAGCUCCAAGAAGGGCUCCGAGCCUCCCUUCAGGACUUACCAGGCCUUUGUGUGGGCCCUCAACAAGUACUUCACCAGCUUCAAAGAGGAGCUCACCACAAUUGAGAGAGAGAUCAUAUGCAACGAUGAGACAGUGACCCUGUCUGCAGUCCUGGAGCGACUCAGCCCUCACUUGGCACAGAUCAAGGUGCUGCACAAAGUCUUCUGCACAGGGGUCGCAGAGGUUCCCCCCGAGACUCCGAAUGUUGUGCGGGCGUCACACUUGCUCAACACCCUGUACAAAGCGAUCAUCGAGUACGACAGUGUCGGGGAAGCGUCCGAGCAAGCGGUGGCUCUUUUAUUUUCUCUAUGGACAGAGACUGUCAGACCAUAUCUGGAGAUUGUGGAUGAGUGGAUUGUUCACGGCCACCUGUUCGACCCAGCAAAAGAGUUCAUCAUCCAAAGGAACAAAGACGUCCCGGUGAACCACAGGGAUUUCUGGUACGCCACCUACACGCUGUACAGCGUGUCAGAGACGGUGGAGAACGAGGAGAAGCUGAACGACGCUGCCAGCGGGAGCUCUGGGGGGGACCAGGGCUCCAGCCACAGGCAGCUCACGAUGGUGUCCUUCCUCAAACCUGUCCUCAAGCAGAUCAUUAUGGCGGGGAAGUCCAUGCAGCUGCUCAGAAAUCUGGACUGUAAGGAGGACGAGCAGUCGGAGAAAUCCUCCAGAGACGCAGAGAGGAAGAGUUUGUACACACUGUUUUUAGAGUCUGUGCAGUCACGUCUCUGCAGCCAAGAGGGAUCUCCGACAGACACAGUGACCGAACAGCAAGCCACCAGGAGGAGUCUCAUAAAGAUGCAGUCCGUCGUGGCACAGCAUCUGGAGAUUGCUGAUGUUCACGAUCCUUUGCUGGCCAUAAACUUUGCCAGGCUCUACUUGGAGCAGAGUGACUUCCACGAGCGUUUCUCCGGAGGGGAUUUCAACGUUGACCGCUCCUCGCAGUCGGUCACCUGCCAGACGUUUGAGCUCACCCUGCGCUCCUGCCUCUACCCCCACAUCGAGAGGAGGUACAUCGAGUGCUGCGGGAACCUGAUGAAGACCCUGAAAAAGGACUACAUGCUGCUGGAAUACCUCCAAGCCAUGAGGAACUACUUCCUGCUGGAGGCUGGGGACACCAUGUACGACUUUUACACAGCCAUCUUCGACAAGGUGCAGGAGAAGGAGAGCUGGCAGCAGCCGUCCUUUCUCAACGUGCAGCUGCAGGAGGCAGUGGGACAGCGCUACCCGGAGGACAGUGGCAGGUUAUCAAUCUUCUUGGAGGCCAUUGACCCGUCCAGGAAGAAACACCCUGUGAAUAACCUUGAAGUUCUUACUCUCAGUUACAAGGUUCCCUGGCCUGUUGACAUUGUGAUCAGCACCGAAUGUCAGAAGAUCUACAAUCAAGUGUUCCUCCUCCUCCUGCAGAUCAAAUGGGCCAAAUACAGUUUAGACAAACUUCGAUUCAGUGAUUUCACAGCCAUCAGUAAAAAAACGGAGGGCGCUCCAGCUGAGGAAGCGAAGGUCAAAGAGCCUCUGAAUCAGCAGAUUCACCGAAUGUGUCUGCUGCGGGUCAAACUGAUGCACUUUGUCAACAGCCUUCACAACUACAUCAUGACCAGGAUCCUGCACAGCACAGGACUGGAGUUUCAGCACCAAGUCCAGGAAGCGAAGGACCUGGACCAGCUGAUCAAGAUCCAUUACAGAUAUCUGGCGACGAUCCAUGACCGUUGCCUGCUGAGGGAGAAGGUAAGUUUUGUGAAGGAAGCCAUAAUGAAGGUCCUCAACCUAGUCCUGAUCUUCUCUGACCGAUGGCAAGCUGGAUUUGGAGCCUGGAAGAUUGAGUCCAUUGAUAAAAUGGAGUCAGAUUUCAAGAACUGUCACAUGUUCCUGGUGACAAUACUCAAUAAGGCUGUGUGCCGCGGCUCCUUCCCUCACCUGGAGUCUCUCGCCCUCUCUCUGAUGGCCGGGUUUGAGCAGUGCUGAGGAACAGCCCAUGCUCUGUCAUGAUCGACUGAACGCCACUGUUUGCUUCUCUGUCUCAUUAGUCAUUGUUCAUGAUGGUGAUAUGUCCAACACAUGAUGUCACUGUCUGCUCUGACUGUUGGACUUGGACUAUGUGGUGUUUGUCUCGUUAGGGCUAGAAUCAAACAAGCUACUUGUGAGCAUCAGUCGUGUAAAAAAAAAGUUAACUUUUGUAAAGUUUUUUUUAUAAGCUGUUAUGUUGAUCGUUUGUAAUGUGUAUGAAUGAAGCACAACAAAUCUUGCACAAUGUUGUAGGAACAUGUUGCUCAACAUGAUGUAAUAUUGGUGUAUUAUUAAAGUUUAUUGAUAAUAGUA